CGAAGAUUUACUUUCCGCACACCGCGCUGAGAGCACAAAGUUUCUUCAGCGCCCGUCAAGAUGACCAGGUCUAAAAUAGAAUUAGGCGACGUGACACCACAUAACAUAAAGCAACUGAAAUUAUUAAAUCAAGUCGUAUUCCCAGUUUCAUAUAACGAAAAGUUUUACAAGGAUGUACUAGAAGCUGGAGAACUCGCCAAACUAGCAUAUUACAAUGACAUAGUGGUCGGGGCAGUCUGCUGUCGUGUAGAUACUUCAGAAAAUUCUAGACGGUUAUAUAUAAUGACAUUGGGUUGUCUUUAUCCAUACAGAAGAUUAGGAAUUGGCACUGUUAUGGUCCAGCAUGUUUUAAACUAUGUUAACAAAGAUGGAAAUUUUGACUCCAUUUUCCUACAUGUUCAAAUAAGUAAUGAAGGCGCGAUUGACUUUUAUAAGAAAUUUGGAUUUGAAAUUGUCGAAACUAAAGAGCAUUACUAUAAGAGAAUAGAACCAGCAGAUGCACAUGUGCUGCAAAAAACACUGCGUCCUCGAGCAAAUCAAACAAAUCAUCAAACUGUCAACUCAUAAGUAGCAUUGUUUUCAUUAAUUUAUCUUUUUCAUAAUUUAGAAUUGCAUAUAUACCCAUGUUCUGUCAAUAAAAUCAUUUUAUAUUAUA